AUGAAUCUCCAAUUUGAUUGGCUGAUUUAGAAAAUUGUAAAUUAUAAAUAAAAAAUGGAAUAUUAUAAAUACAUAAAGAAGAACGAUUUUCAAUAGAUUUUUAAAUAAAGUUUUAAAUUUUAUUAUAUUAACAAAUUGAUUAGAAGUAAUUUAUUUAUUGAUAUUUUUAUUAGAUAAUUGUAUAAAAAAGGUUAAAAACCUAUAUACAUUAAAUGAGUUACCUUAUAAAAUAUAAAAAUUCUAUAUUAAUUCAAAAUAAGUUUAAAUUGCUAUUAAAGAAAAAAAAAUAAAAAAUAAAAUUAAACAGUGA